AUGAAGCUCGCACCGAGCUUAUUGGCGCUAGCCAGUGGCUAUAGCCGGUACAAUGCACCCAGCUUCAACCUUAGUAGAGGAUCUCGACAGUUUGAUGCUGACUUCUCUCAGUGGCUCAAAGCACCCCAGGGUGGCUACACACAAGCCUCAUGCAAGUGUGAGAUUGAGUGCACUCCUGACAACAUUGACGAGAUCUGCGGUGCCGAUGUCGUUAUUGCCAUCGAUAUGACCAAGUGCGAAGACGCCGAUGACCUCAAAAGAUACACCUCCUUUGUCGACUCUGUCAUCAACAACCUCGAGACCGAACUUGGCCUCGGUGGCGACAGAUCUACUGCUCGAGUCUCAGUCGGUCUUUUCGGUGCUGAACUCGUCCCAGUCAUGAAACUCAGCGAGUGGAAUGUCGAUAUCGCUGAUCUUGACAGCGCUAAACGAAGCUUUAACUCUGAGAUGAGGAAGUUCACCGAGGGAGGCAGCUGGACUAUCUUCAAUGGUGCCCAGCUCGAUUUCAACACUGCGUUUGACUUUGCUUUGGAGGAAUUUGACCGGACCGCACGAAACCCAGGUAUCGACCAGGAAAUGAGCGAUCUUGGCUUUGAAUCCACCAAGCUCUUCGUCAUCUUAUCCGAUGGAGUGGUCUCCCAGAACACCAUGAAUACUGCUGCCAAGCGUGACCUCGAAUACGCAAAGACCGAGAUCAACAGCCUCGGCGGUAAGAUUGUCACUGUUACGCAAUCUUCUAGCGAUGACAUCCGAUGCCUCCACGGUCAAUCCAUGGGAUGCCCUCACCGAGAGUUCCUCCUUGAAGUUGGUGAUGUUUUUAUUGAUGGUGCCAACGGAGUAAAGGCUUCUCGAGAAGUCGCUGCGAUUGUCAACAGCAAGAAGUGCAUCAAGCGAGGAGAAUGCAAGCCGUGCAACUGCGAGUGCGAGAUGCCCCGAGGUCCAGCUGGUCCAGAAGGUAACCUUGGUUGCGAUGGUCCAGAGGGUCCCUGUGGUGAGCCAGGUAUCCCCGGCAAAGAUGGUGUCAACGGUGUUCCCGGAGAGAAGGGUCCCCAAGGACCUCAGGGUCCAGAGGGUCCAUGCGGUGAGCCUGGCUACCCUGGUGAGCGAGGUCCCCCUGGUGAGCCUGCAACUCGAGGCGGAGAUGCUGAAGAGGGACCAGUUGGUCUCCCUGGCUGCAGAGGUGAAGCUGGUGAUGAAGGAGAAGUCGGAGACAAAGGUGUUCCCGGCUGUGAUGGUCCCGUUGGUGAUACUGGUGAUGUCGGUGAGAAGGGUGAAACUGGUGAAGCUGGACAACCCGGUCCCCCUGGUGAUCUUCUCCUACGAAUCGGACAUGCUACAGAACUCCAGACACCAGAAAAUGUUGCUGCUAACAUCCGUGAGAUCGUAAAAGAAUGGCUUGCUGAUGAAAAGAACCGUGAAUCUAUCCUUUGCAUCACCGAAUGCGAGCCUGGAAGCUCUUUGAAGGAGUUGCCAGCUGAAAAGGCUCCAGAAUGCGGACCAAACGAACUUCUUGACGAAGAUAAGUGCCGCGGCGACACAAGCAACUGUAACCCAUGCGUUCCAAAGCCCGAUCUUGAUGCUUGCCAAGAGCCUUUGGAUAUCAUCUUCAUGGUUGAUGGUUCUGACAGUAUCCGAGAAGAGGAUUGGCCAAAGGUCAGCGACUGGAUUUCAAAGUUGAUGGAAAUGAUCAAACCAACUGAGCGAGCUCAGGAUACCGCUGUUCUCUACCAGCAAUACUCCGACUCUGCCGAUUUCCCUCCAUCCAUCUUCGAGACGAUCAAGUCAAAGACCGACCCCAACUCUGCCCAGUUCUUCUACGACGAUUUGAUGGACCGAAUCCGAAACGAACGACAGCGAUCAUCUUCCACUCAUACUUACCACGCCCUCGAUCAGAUCAACAAAGCUCUUUCCAACAACCUCAGAAGUACCGAAAACGGGCUCAACUUCCGACAGAAUGGUUUCGAUGAAAUCACAACUAUCCUUAUCCAUUUAACCGAUGGUAUGGCCCGAGAUCCUGAAAACCGAAAACAAGCCGUCAUUGAUCAGCUCAUCCAACGUGUUGACAUUCGAGCCGCUGUUGCAGUAGGAGAAUCAAUCCACAGUUCUUUCAAGAACCAGCUCCUCGAAAUGGCCGCUGAUGAGGACCACAUCUUCGAGUACCAAGACUACAGCAAACUCGGAGACUUCGCUCAUGAGAUCAUCGAACUUAUCAAGCAAGAUUGCCAGGCGCUCAAUUCCGACUCAAUCUUCCCUCAGCGACGAAGCCAGCUUCCGGUCGGACGAGUGUUUGAGCACAUGGACUCCAGCUCUUCGUUCUCAUUCGAAGACGAUUUGAUGAGCCAGGACUUCCUCUCCUACGACAAAUACCUUCCACGAAACGACAACCGUCACCGAAACUAA